UUCACACAUUUUAGUUAAAAGGACGUGCCCUUUGUUUUGCAAUUGGUGGUCAAUUUACGCAUUCGGUUUACGCUUCAGAAUUCAGCCUCCAACGACAAACAGUGCUUUGCAGUUUUGAGUAAUCAUCUUUCAAUUCUGUUGGAUUUAGUCAAUUAGCAGCGGAUACUUAAUACAAUGCUUAUAUGGAAAAUAAACGACGAGCACCGGAUAGCAUUAAUUGCUUUCGUGACAGGACUGUUCGGCAUCUUUGUUGACCAAUGCACCGGCCAAGGAGCUGUACCCAACGACUGGUUUUGGAGCGACACCGGUGGUCGCGUUGUAAUGCAGAACGGAGAGUGCCCUUUAAUCCCACAAACGGAUACUUUGUCCCAAAAUCCAAAUUCAAUACCAAGCCCGUUCGUUCCUCGGCGAUAUACGAAAUGUUACCGGACAAAGGACGAACCAUGUUUUAUGCGAGGUGACUCUUAUAAUGAAGACUGUUUCGAGCGACUGCGUUACAAUUUACGAGAUCCAUCUAAGCGAGAAGUUGUAUGCUGUCCUGGAGCGUGUGGGUGGGUGUUCAAGCAUCCUUGGGUGUCCGGUCAAAUCCUCUACCCCGGCGCACGUAAAACCUAUCAGUCCGUUUACGGCUACGGAUCGGUCCUGCAGACCCCGCCGCCCGGUGCUCCAGCAGGGCAGUUGCCCGUAGAAAGCCCGAGCAGCAGUCUGUAUCCGGUACUACGUGCCGACUGCAUCGUCAGUGCCCCCUACUCGCGCAGUGCCGCAUCCGCCCAGAAUCCACUGGCUGACAUUGCCGCCAUUCCCCACACGUGCCCGUCGCUGGCGCUCAAUAACCCAUCGGUCACCUCGCCCAUUUGCGUGCAGAAACUAUACGCUUCCGGCACACAAACCCUCUUUGAGCCUGAGACAUAUUGCACCGUGCACUGCUGUAAUGGAGAUUAUUGUAACGGGAUCGGCAGUGAUUAUGUUGGUCAAGGAAAUCCGUACUAUUCCAACGGAAGCAACGAUAAGACGAAGAUUUUGGCGCUAAUUCCUGUAGUGAUGAUUGCGCUGAACGCAGUUAUUCGCGCCCCUUUAGUUCAACAAAUGUAUUAAUUUUGAUUAAAAUCGUGACUGUACAAUACGAAAUGCUAACCAAAACUGUUUAGUGCUUAAUAAAAAAGCGACGUUUCUGCGCAAUUUCGUUAAGACAAUAAGUAACUUCGUGUCUGUACUGUAGCCGCUAAGCGAUUGAUACGGAAUCAUGUACGCUUUAUUAGUAAA